AGCCCAACGAUGCUAUCAUGAGACAACAUGCCACCAAUCUCUUCGGAAAAAACUCUUCGUCUCUGAACUUCUCUCGACAUUCAUACCAAUUGUUCAGUCAGAAGAAUUUUCUGAAAUUGGAUUUAUUGUAGUCAAAGAAAAAGAAAGAAGGGGAUCAUGGAUCUAGGAUUUGGAGCUAAGAACCAAGAAAUCGGGGAGGCAACGGCCCAAGCCCUCAUUCGUGGAGCCGAGGUACAAGAGAAAGGAGUAGAAAACGAUCUUGCUCAAUACGAUCGUCUACUGGAAGAUGAGGUAAGCUGCGUCAAAACUGGGUGCAAUUGUGCAUCUUGUAGCGAUUUCUCACUGUUGCGUCGGUACUGAACCACUCCCGAUAAAACCGUCGCACCGCUGCGCUUGAAUAGGAUGCCCUCGAGGACCUUCGGCAAAAACGAAUCCAGCAAAUGCAAAAGCAAUACCUCCAAAACCGCAAGUAUAAAGAACUGGGCCAUGGGACGUAUACAGAAUUGGGAUCGGGAAGCACACAAGACAGUCGUGACAUUGCCAAGGAAUUCUUCAAGGCAAGCAAAGAAAGUGAUCGAAUCGUCUUCCAUUUUUACCGUCCAACGACUCGGAUAUGCGAUAUAUUUCACGCCCACCUGGCCAAGAUCGCAGAGAAGCAUCUGGAGACAAAAUUCGUCAAGGUCAACGUGGAGGGCUGCGAUAGCACCGAUGGAGGGGGCGCGUCGUUUUUGGUCGAACGGCUGGGAAUUGUAAUCAUGCCAACGCUGGUCUUGGUAAAGGACCGCAAGGCGUUUCAUCACAUCCGAGGAUUCGACGAGCUCGGAGGCCACGAGGAUUUUUCGACAAACAUGCUUGCCCACGUUCUCGGGGCACACGGUGUCACCGACAUACGAGACGACGAAGAAAUGUCCGAGGAAUUCUUGAAAGAACGAGGAAUCAACACGAUCCGCAUUCGAAAGGGCGCAAAGAAGGGAGGAUACUCGAGCUAUGACGAUGAAUUCGAUUAAUAAUAAUCGUUGUCCUCUAUU